AUAAUGGGACUAUCUGCGGAAAGUGCAUUGUGCAUAUCUAUAAGAACCUAAACUAGGACUCAUUAGGAUCAAAUAGAAGUUCCUAGUAUGACUGAGUUCAUCAACUUAUGACAUUUACUAUAAUCUUUUCAUACAGGAAGGAGCUAUUGCGAGCCAUUGAUGUGAGGCUUGCUACAGUUCAACAGGACUUAAUGAUAGCUUGUUCUCGUGCAACAGCUGCCGGUUUCAAUCUAGACACAGUUGCAAAACUUCAAAUGUUUUCCGAUCAAUUUGGUGCACACCGAUUAAAUGAAGCAUGCUCCAAAUUUAUAUCAUUGUGCAAGAAAAGGCCAAACCUAAUCAACCAAUGGAAGGCAUGUGGAGCAGCAGAUGGACAUGCAGUAAGAUCCUCAUACGGCUCAGAUAUGUCCCUAGAUGAAGACCCAUCUACUCCAGAACAACAAUGCACUAUGAUGCAACCAAACCGCCAAGACUCGGGUACAAUGCAUCAGCAACCCCCUCCUCUCCUUGACCAGUCCAGUACUUCUGUUAAUCAACUCUUGAAACCCUCUUCUGCUGGCUUUCAUCAGCAACAGAGCAGUGGGGGGCCAAGCAUUGAGUCAGAAGAGAAGAGCAGUGAAAAGAAUGAUUUUGAUCAAACUGAGCAGACUCCUACUAGUAGGCAGAUAAGACGGCUAAGUGUGCAGGACCGCAUCAACAUGUUUGAGAACAAGCAGAAAGAGAAUUCAGGGGGUGGGGGGAAGCCAAUCGUGGGAAAAUCUGUGGAGCUUCGGAGGUUGCCAGUUGCACCAUCCAUAGUAGGGGAGAAGGCUAUCUCAAGGAGAUGGAGUGGUGCCAGUGACAUGAGCAUAGAUUUGAGCACUGAAAUGAAGGAUGUUGAGAGUCCUUUGUUCACCCCAUCUUCUGCUUAUGCUUCUAAGUCCAAGCAUGAGGACCAAGCAAAAUCAGGUUUUACUGAUAUGGAACAAAAAUUAGGUGACAUGGAGUUCCAAAGUGUGCCAGAUCAAGUUAGUGAUAUCAGAAUGAAUGAACAUGAAGACUUGAAGUUGUUUGUUCAAGAUUCUAAUGCCAGGGAAGAAUCAAAACAGUUAAGUGCUCCGUACAAGAAGAAAGAUAGUAGUCAAAAAACUAGUGAGAAGACCAAGUCACAUUUGAAUUCAACUAGAACAGGGAAAAGUUUGAAAGAGAGACCAGAAGCUCGAGGGCUGUUUGGAUCAUUACCUUGGGACAAAACCAGAAAAGUUGGUGUAGCUAUUCAAGGAAAUUCCACAGGUUGUCAGGGAAGUGAUGGAACUAUUGGGGCUAACAAGAGAGCAGUUCAUGAGUCUGCGAUCACUGCAUUGAACAGAAACUCUUUUCUGGAACAGUAUCAAACUUCUGCCAGCUUGGCUAGUAAAGAUAAUGCAACCCACCAUAUUGUGCAUCACAGAGGUGAGGAAGGCACACAAUUGGGGGAUCAAUUGAUGUCUAAAUCACAAUAUAAUGCUCCCCAAAACACUAAAGUGGACUUUGGGUCUCUGGAAAGUGGUUCCAUCUCAAGAGCUUUCUUGACCCCUCAAGCCAAAGGGGUUGAAGGAGGUUCUUCCUAUUCUGAAUCCAGAUUGCAGCCAUCAGUAGAAAUUGAGGAAGCUGAGAAGGAAAAGGUCGAUUUGGCUGAAAAUAAAAAUCUUAGUUCUGGAUCAAAAGUUAUUUCAGCAGGAUUUGCAAUUAUGAAUAAGAAGCAAGUUGUAGGGGUUGAUGUGAAAAAAAAAUCACAAGAUUGCAUAGAAGAAAUGAUUUCUGUUCCUCUAAAUCACAAGCAGUUUGUCUCUGCUGGAGUGGUAGCAGAGGAGGAAGGAUCUAUGUCACUUUUUACAACCCCUGUACAGCAAGUUCGAAAGAUACGACAGUCCAAAGGAAACCAGGAACUUAAUGAUGAGUUGCAGAACAAAGCAAAUGAGCUUGAAAAACUCUUUGCUGAACAUAAACAGCGUGCUCCUGGAGAUCAUUCAAAUCCUACCCGUAAAAGCAGGCUUACUGAAAUGCCAGCCCAGGAACAAGCAGGUUCAUUGUAUACCACUCAUGUAAGAACUGCUGCUUCUGUCCAGUUGCCAGACAAAUACAUGGUAACUGAUGCAACUGUGACUUCUUCAAGUUGCAUGGUUAAUCGUGAUAAUAGUGUCACUGAAGUGGGCGACAAUAAAGGGUGUACAGAUGUUUUAAACGAGAAUUUCUCUGAGUUCAGUGCUUUAGAAGGUUCUCGUGGAAAACUUUAUGUGACAUAUAUGCAGAUAAGAGAUGCAAAACUAAGGGAAGAAUGGAAUUCUAAGCGAGAUGAGAAGGAAGCCAAGCUAAAGGCUAUGCAGGAAAGCCUGGAAAAAACUAGAGAUAAUAUGAAAGCAAAGUUUUCAGGAUCAUCAUAUAAAGAUGAUUCUCUUCCUACUGCACAUAGACGUGCAGAUAGACUAAAGUCAUUUGAUACCAGGUCAAUUUUGAGGAGAGAGAAGCAACAAUUGGAUUUUGAUCAACAUGAAGAUGAAGUAACCGAAAUUUGCAACCAGGAAUGGUAUGGUGAACGAAGGUAUUCAAGUGAGAGAAGAGAAGCACUUUUUGAGGAUGAUGUUUCUAGAAGCAAUCAGACUCAGAAGCUUCUGCCUGCUACAGGUCCAUCCUCUUCUCCAUCUCGCCCAUCAGCAGCACCUGUUAUUAGGUCAGCUGCCAAAGCUACUACUAGCAAUCCUGGUCGGAGGAGAUCCCAAAUUGAAAAUCCUCUUGCACAGUCUGUCCCUAACUUCUCAGAUUUGAAAAAAGAGACUAGGGCUUCCACAACUGUUGGUAAAACAGCACGAUCUCAACUAAAAAACUAUGCUCGCAACAAACAUAUUAGUGAAGAGACCCCCAUUAAGGAGGAUUUAUCUUGCAGAUCACAAUUCCUAAGAAAAAGCACCUCAAAUCAGGGGGCGUUUGGUGAGGCAUCUGUUAUAGAUUGUGAAGAUGGCUCGACUUUUGAAAACGAUGAGAUGAUUGAUAAAGUAGGGAAUAAUGUGGCUUUCCACAAGGGUAAAAGUGAAAAUGCUAGAGUCGGUUUUCAGAAGCAGAGGAGAUUUAUAGGAUCUCAGAACAUGAACAGUGAUGGAAAUUACAAUGAUGCAGCAGUGCAUGAAUCAGACAGCCCAAUCGCCCUUGUAAAAGACAGAGAUGGCAUGUUUGAGAAUUCUGAGCAUAUCUCUAACUUAGGCAAUGUGGAUUCAAUAUUGACCCACGAAUUAGGGAAGUCUGCAGGUUUUGGAUCAGAGAAUGAUGGCAAUCGCCUGAGGUCUUUUUCUCACUUUGACCCACCGCUGGACUCAGCAGAACAAUUGCAAGAUAGGCAAAGCCCUGUUUCAUGGAACUCUUGUGUCCGCCAUCAAUUUUCCUAUUCUAACGAGAUGUCUGAUGUUGAAGCCUAUGUGGACUCAUCUCCAAUGGGAAGCCCUCCUUCAUGGAAUUCCCACUCACUAAAACAAACAGAAGCAUAUGCAGCUAGGAUGAGGAAAACGUGGGGAGCUGCACAGAAGCCCGUACUUGUUUCCGGUUCACAUAACCAGCCCCGCAAGGACAUGACUAAAGGAUUUAAGAGAUUGCUGAAAUUUGGAAGGAAACACCGUGGUGCAGAAAAUUUGGUUGACUGGAUUUCUGCCACUACUUCUGAAGGAGACGAUGACCCCGAAGAUGGACGGGAUCCUGCCAAUCGGACUUCGGAUGACAUUAGGAAGUCUAGAAUGGGCCAUUUGCAAGGGCAACCUUCUGAUGAUAAUAGCUUCAAUGAACAGGAAUCAUUUGCUGAGCAAUGUGAGUUAUGCCAUUUAUUUACCCCUAUAAUUCUUAAGUUCAAUCAAUCCGUGGCUCUAUACCGGCUCCUCCUGCUAACUUCAAACUUAGGGAUGACCAUUUGUCUGGGAGCUCAUCACUAAAAGCUCCAAGAUCUUUUUUUUCCUUGUCGUCUUUCCGGAAAUGACUCAAAGAUCAGAUAAGUGUACACCCAAAAGGAUGGGGAAUCAAUCACGGAUGGGAGG